AUGAAGAUAUCAUUUGCGUGUGCACUUGUAGCUACUGUUUUCUUUAUAGCUUACACUUAUGUCAAUAUUGAAUACAUACUAUUACAGCGUGUCGAAGGGAUAACCAAUGAUCUCUACGGUGAAAACCAUCAUAAGGAAUUCGACUAUAAUUCUUCAAUAGAUGUUAGUUUGGGUAACUCAGUCGCCCAUGAUGAUGAGACCCACUCAGCGACUGAAGUCAAUAACAUUAUGCCAUGUACACCAAAAAACAAUUUCAUAUUUGUUAAAACGUCCAAGACGGCGGGCAGCACAGUUGGGGCAAUAUUGUUUCGCUAUGGCCUGAGGCAUAAACUGAUAGCUGCAUUACCAAACGCAUCACGCAUAUCAAUUGCCGAUGAUCAAGUAAAUGUGACCAGAUAUACAUGUAACAAUACAUUCCCAGGAUACAAUUAUAUGGCAAAUCAUAUCGAAAACUACAAUCACAAAAUAUUGAAUCGUUUCAUCCCUAAUGCUAAAUUUGUAACUAUAGUUCGAUCUCCGUACACUCAAAUGGAAUCAGCUUUUUAUUACCGAAACACGGAUAGUAAGUUGCAGCUAAAUCAUUUCAGAAACCCCUUUAAAGAAUUCGUUGACAACUAUGAAGUAAAGUAUAGUAACCACGAUAUCCAAGGCGCGAACGGUCAAUUGAAGUAUCUGGGUUACCCAAAUCGGCAAUACAAUAAUCAAAGCGCUGUUAAACAAAAAAUAGCAGAUUUGGAUACAGAGAUGGAUUUGGUGUUGAUCAAGGAAUAUUUGGAUGAAUCGCUCAUUCUCUUGAAAAAGCUAAUGUGCUGGACAAUGGACGACAUAUUGUAUGGCUGGUGCAAGCGAUCUAAAAGAACACGCUACCCAAUCACGAAACAUAUGAAGGAAAUUAUGUCAAAAUACAACGCAGCCGAUUUGCAAUUAUAUAAUCACUUUAAUCGUACAUUAUGGACUAAAAUACUAAACUAUGAUGGGGACUUUGAAAAUGAACUUCAUUUGUUUCGAAUAAGACAGCAAGAAAUUGCCAGUAUGUGUAAGCACAGGGAAAAUACCCAGUUUUGUGAUGGCCUGAAAAAAGAUGUUCCGAAACUCGUCAGCAUCGCCAGAAUGAGGCAGUACAAUAUAUUUUGUAACCAGCAUUGA